GUAAUCACAAGAAAGAAAAAGAUGAAAAUAGAAGCUAAGUUAGUACUAGGAGUACUUAUCCUCCCUCUAAUCUUCGUAGUAAACCAAAGUGAAGCACAACAAUGUGGUUCACAAGUGGAUUAUAAGAGGAACUGCACAGAGGGAUUUUGCUGUAGUAAUUAUGGGUAUUGUGGUACCACUGAUCUUUACUGCGGUGAAGGAUACUGUCAAAGCCAAUGUCCUGUACCUUCACCUCCUACCCCUCCACCACCUCCACCACCUCCUCCACCUCCAAUGCCACCCAGUCCUAUCACCGAUAUAUUUUCCGAGGCCAUGUUCGAUCAAAUGCUUCUGCAUCGUAAUGAUGAAGCGUGCCUUGCUAAAGGCUUCUAUACUUACCAUGACUUCAUUACUGCUGCUACUUCAUAUCCUGAGUUUGCUAAUACCGGCGACGUUGAAACUAGGUUGAGGGAACUUGCUGCUUUCUUUGGCCAAACCUCUCAAGAGACCACUGGUUUGUUCCAACUUCUUGUCCUCUCUUUUAUACGUGUUCUUUCUUGGGUUAAAUCAUGCAGCAACUACAAUUACGGACAAGCAGGAGUUGCACUAGACUUGCCGCUUCUUUCUAAUCCAUCGUUGGUAGAAAAUGAACCAAUUAUUGCGUUCAAGACCGCCCUUUGGUUCUGGAUGACGCCUCAAGCACCCAAGCCAUCCUGCCACGCCGUCAUGACCGGGAAAUGGGUACCAACUCAAGGAGAUAUACAACGAAAUCGGUUGCCCGGAUUAGGGGUAACCACAAAUAUAAUCAAUGGUGGUCUCGAAUGCAACAUUCCAGCCCCAGAUACCCGAGUCGAGAAUCGAAUUGGAUAUUACAAGCGUUACUGUGAUAUCCUUGGGAUUAGCUAUGGGGAGCACCUUGAUUGCUACAAUCAAAUACCUUUUAGUUGGGGUGUCCUCUCGCAGGGAAAAGCAUUUUCAGAGUAACUAGCUACCUAGCUGCAUUAGUUAUCUCUAUGUUUAUCAGUCCAUGCACUUAAAGAAGACUUACUCUGUUGUCUGUUUUUCAAUAAUUAACGUAAUGGUUGUAUCUACACCUUUGCGCCAAACAUAAGAUCAUAAUGGAAAGGUUGUGUUGAAUUGUCUUAUUCUCUAAAUUUCUCUAUGAUGCAUUGCUCUAGAUUGGCUGCUGCUCAAUAUAUCUUGUUAUUUCUAUAUUAUUUAAGCAAAAUUGGUCUCAACACCAUGAACUAUAACGCAGGUACACCAAACAGCCCCAACUACGGCUUAUAGCUUAAACACCCAAAAGUACGGACCUGAAUGCAGUCCGUACCAUAAAUGAAGUCGGUGCCCAGAAUUCUCACCAGAUUCUCUCCCCUUUCUUAUUUUCUUCUUUUUUGAGCCUAAUUUUUUUUACUUAAACAAAAGAAAAGGCGUGUGUCUUCAUCCUCUCCCUCCUCAACUGAACGAAAAGACACUCAUCCUCAAAUUUCCUCUUACUUCCCCAAAUUCCCUCUUUCUUCCCAAAUGAACCUUAAAUUCUGAAAGAGUGAAAUUCGCAUAACAAUGACAACUUCAUCUUCAAGUUUCAAGAAGAAUUCAAAUACCAUUUUAGGUAAUGGUAGGGUUUAUUGUCGACAUUGAUUGCCUGCAAUAAUCCAGCUACUUGGAAGCUCAUCCACAAUCAAGGAAAAUGUUUCUAUGGAUGCCCAAUAUA